AUGGUUGAAACAUCCCAUUCCCAUCAAAAUGACCUGGAGGUCGUGCCUAAACCCGAACCUCCGGUCGAGGGAUCAAUCAGUUCUGCCGUCUCGACGCCUGAAGCCGAAGGUGAGAUACUGACGCAGGACGUCGCCCAGACACAGAAGCGAAAGGGAGGCCGGAAACCUAUCUAUGCCACCUCCGAGGAACGCAAACAGCGCAAUCGCCAGGCCCAGGCGGCCUUUCGCGAACGUCGCACCGAAUACAUCCGCCAGCUCGAGUCCACCAUCAAGCGCAAUGAAGAAACCCUGCAGACCCUGCAGCAAAGCCAUCGUACCGCCGCCGACGAAUGUCUGAUGCUGCGUUACAAGAAUUCCCUCCUGGAACGCAUCUUACUGGAGAAAGGUAUCGAUGUGCAAGCCGAACUGCGACUGAAAGCUGCCGGCCCUGCGGGGAUCCCCGGUAAACUCAACCCGAUGGCUGCGAAACCACCAUCGCUGGAACGCGCCGCCAUAAAUCGAAAUACCGCCCAGAGACAUCCGACCGGGAUCGCCCCCAAGGGAGAGCAGUUCGGCUUGUCGCAGAACCGGGAGGGUGCAUAUGGGAUCCCGUCGCCGCAGUACCAUGCUACCCCGUCGUCACAUGUCUCGUCGCCCUCCCAUGCCAAAUCGCCCGGCUUUGGCUUCCAGGGCGCCAUGUCACCCAUCGGCGUCGACCAGCCCCCAUCCCGGUCGCAGAUGUUGUCCCAUUCUCGCAGCAUAAGCCAAGCCUCCCCCCCGUUAAGCGUCGGUCCGUCCGAGUCGGGCGAUCCCAAGCCCGCAGUGCCGGGUACUUCAGGCCCCCGAGGUCCCCGUCUCCCAUCGGCCUAUUUUCCGUCUCCGUUCCAAAAGCAUUAUGACCAAUUAGAACAGGAAUAUGACGCUCAAGCGGAUCUGAUCGACGAGGAACAUGAGUCGUCCGUGGGCGCAUCGCCAUACAUGCCUGGCUUCAACUCGGCGCAAUCGGGCUCCCAUGGGAUCCCAGGGCCUUCGGGCAUCGGCCAUUUCAGUGCGCACGGGAACGAGGGAUCCAACGGAGCGUACAACAACAAUCAGAUCUUGGGCAACUACGAACCGAUGCUGGAUGCCGAUCCCUUUGGUCUCAGCGCCAGCAUGCAUUUCCAGACCCCGUUCAGUUACGAGCAAAAUAAUACGCGUCAUUAG